AUGGGCACGUUUCAGAACAAGACAUUCCGCUCGUCGGCCGACGCAGGGAAAAUUGGCAUGAAGUACCGAGCCCUCAUGGCCAAGCACCCGUUCCUGGCUUUCGGGCUGCCCUUCAUCGCAGUUAUCGUGGCGGGCUCCUUCGUCCUGACGCCCGCGACGGCGAUUCGAUACGAGAAGCACGAUCGGAGGGUGCGUCAGAUGACGAAGGAGGAGGAGCUGAAUGUCAGGAGAGGGGCGCGAAAGGUGGACAUGAAGGAGGAAUACUAUAGACUUGCUGGAAGGGACCUGGACAACUGGGAGCAGCAGAGAGUCAAGAGGUUGCCUGGAGAGAACGACGGCAUCCUGUAA